CUACCAUAAGUGUUCAGUUGAUUAGAUAUAAAUAUGUUCUUAUUUGAACCCUUGAUCUAAGCUGUCUUCUAUUUAUUAGGAAUUCUUUUUGUGUGUUGAAAUAUUUUCAAGAUCAACGUGUUUUACCUGCAGGAAUAUAGUAUCGUUCAUAAUAAUAUCAUCUUAAGACUUGACUUUCAUGAAAAUAGUAUACAAAAAGAUGAAUAUAGGUUAUGUUAAGUGUAAAGCAAAUGUAGGAUAUAAUCAUUUUCAAACGGUUAACAACCUUCAGUAUCUUACCUCUUAAUAAUAUCUGAUAUUAAAGUGCAUCAGUAAACAUAGCUUUGUUUUUGAUACUGUCAUGGAGACUGAAAAAUAUAAAUUUGAAACAGAAACAAUUUCUGAUACGAACGAAGAUGUAAAGGAGGAAGUGCGGGUUCAAUGGGCGAACAAAGCAGAAUUUGCUUUAUCAUGUAUUGGAUUUUGUAUUGGACUAGGAAAUGUUUGGAGAUUUCCGUACCUAUGCUAUAAAAAUGGAGGGGGGGCAUUUCUGAUACCAUACCUGCUCACUGCACUUUUUGCAGGGCUGCCAAUGUACUUUAUGGAACUAGCGUUGGGACAAUGGUUAAGUAUUGGUGGGCUAAGCGUAUGGAAAAUAACCCCCAUUUUCAAAGGAGUUGGUUAUGCUUCAGCUGUAAUGGCCGCCUGGUUGAAUUGCUAUUAUAUCGUCAUUUUGGCCUGGGCAGUAUACUACCUCUUCCGAUCUUUUACAUCCAUCCUACCUUGGUCCACAUGCGAUAAUGAGUGGAACACUGCAAGUUGUAUUGCAAAGUACCAGAAACUUGCUAACUGUACGAAUGGAACAACUUGGACAGUAGGCAUGAACAUGUCUUCCAAUAUGUCUGAAUGCUCAACAAAUGCGCUAAAUUCUACUUCACCUGUAAGAGAAUUCUGGGAACGCCACGUACUGCAGAUAAGUUCAGGUGUGGAUGAGCCCGGUGACAUCAGAUGGCAACUUGCUUUAUGCUUGCUUCUGAUUUGGGUUCUGUGCUAUUUCUGUAUAUGGAAAGGAGUCAAAUGGACGGGAAAGGUAGUAUAUUUUACUGCAACAUUUCCAUACAUCUUACUGAUAGUUCUACUCAUUAGAGGUGUGACGUUACCAGGAGCAAGUGAAGGCAUCAAGUUCUAUUUAUUACCUGAUAUCAACAAGUUAAGAGAUUCAAAGGUAUGGAUAGAUGCUGCAACUCAGAUAUUUUUCUCUUAUGGAUUGGGCUUAGGUUCACUGAUAGCCCUUGGUAGCUACAAUAAAUACAAUAAUAAUGUAUACAGAGAUGCCUGUAUGAUAUCGGUAUUGAACAGUUUUACAAGUAUGUUUUCUGGAUUUGUAAUUUUCUCAGUUGUUGGAUUUAUGGCACAUGAACAAAAUAAACCAGUAUCAGAAGUAGCUGCGUCAGGUCCUGGUCUAGCGUUUCUGGCGUAUCCGAGUGCUGUUAUCCAGCUUCCGUUAUCACCACUCUGGGCUUUUCUAUUUUUCCUGAUGAUAAUCAUGCUGGGAAUGGAUAGUCAGUUUUGUACAAUGGAAGGAUUUUUCACAGCUAUUAUUGACGAAUUUCCACAUCAUUUCCGCAAACGACGAGAAUUAUUUAUAGGAUUUGUAUGCUUCAUUUCAUACCUCAUUGGACUCUCUAUGAUAUCAGAGGGAGGGAUGUAUGUAUUUCAACUGUUUGACUACUAUUCUGCUAGUGGAUUAUGUCUUCUUACACUGAUAUUCUUUGAGUGUAUUGCUGUUGGAUGGGGCUAUGGUGUAAAUAGGUUUUUUGAAAACCUAAAGAGUAUGUUUGGAUACUAUCCAAGUGUAUUUUUCAAGUUUUCAUGGGUUGUAUCGACACCUGCUCUCAGUUUGGGAAUUUUAAUCUUUUCAUUGGUGAAAUUUGAACCUGUCAAAUACCUCGAGUAUUCCUACCCGUCAUGGGCUCAUGUUAUAGGAGCAUUUAUGGCUUUGUCGUCUGUCUCUAUAAUUCCAAUAUACAUGGUGUAUAAGUUUGCUACUACUCCAGGAACUUUUAAACAGCGUAUGAAGCUGUUGUUUAGACCUGAUAUAGAGUUACCUGGUGAACUAGGUCCACCACCUUCUUACACUGCUGUUACAACUAUUAUAGAACGGAAUCAUAUUCUUUAAUCAUAUAAAAUUAUUUCAAAUAUUUUCCAAGACCACUUUUAUAUUAUGCUUAGUUUAUGAGGCAAUUUAUGAUACAUUGUAUUUGUACGAAUCUAUUCAAUAACAAAUUAAUAACUCAAUAAUUGUAGUUUAAUAAAUGUUUGAUCUGUAUUAUGUUUUAAUACAAUUUAAUAACAAUUGAUCAAGAACAUCCAUUCAUUUUAACAAUGCAAGAACCAAACAAUAUCCUAAAUUGAGGUAAAUUAUAUGGCCUUCCAAAUACCCAUCUAUCCCAAACAUCACUGACGAGACAUUAAUUGUCGAAAUCCGGACAUGGUGUAAAAACAUAUAAAUAAAAAAUUAAGCACAUAUUGUUUGUGGUUUACCAUCUUUGCCACAAAUUUAUUGUAUCCUGUUUGAUAUCAAAUUAAUAUAAAGAUCUGUUUUGUUG